CCCAGCCAAGCGCCAGCGACUGAGCAGGCAGGCUGACCAGGCACAGACCCGGCGGGAGCUCCGCACUAGCCACCUCGGCCCCUCGCAGCCAGCCCCGACGGGGCAGCCGCAGGUGCCAUGGUGCGCAGUAUGCUGUCUAGAUGCAGGUGUUUGGGCUCGAGUCAUAGAAUUCCUGAUGUUGAUGUCUGCUGCAGUGUGUGGAACCAUGAGGGUCAUUAGUGCUGGCCUCCAGGAGCCCUGGCUGUGGCUGGAGGGCAGUGGGCCAUGCCAGGGGCAGGGGAAGGCCCCAGGUGGAAGCAGGCAGAAGACAUUAGGGACAUUUAUGACUUCCGAGAUGUGCUGGGCACGGGUGCCUUCUCAGAGGUAAUCCUGGCAGAAGACAAGAGGACUCAGAAGCUGGUGGCCAUCAAAUGCAUUGCCAAGAAGGCCCUGGAGGGCAAAGAGGGAAGCAUGGAGAAUGAGAUCGCCGUCUUGCACAAAAUUAAGCACCCCAACAUCGUAGCCCUGGAUGACAUCUAUGAGAGUGGGGGCCACCUCUACCUCAUCAUGCAGCUGGUUUCAGGUGGGGAGCUAUUUGACCGCAUUGUGGAGAAAGGAUUCUACACAGAACGGGAUGCCAGCCGCCUCAUCUUCCAGGUGCUGGAUGCUGUCAAGUACCUGCAUGACCUGGGCAUCGUGCAUCGGGAUCUCAAGCCAGAGAACCUGCUGUACUACAGCCUGGAUGAAGACUCCAAAAUCAUGAUCUCCGACUUCGGCCUCUCCAAGAUGGAGGACCCAGGCAGUGUGCUCUCCACAGCCUGUGGGACUCCAGGAUACGUGGCCCCUGAGGUCCUGGCCCAGAAGCCCUACAGCAAGGCCGUGGACUGCUGGUCCAUAGGGGUCAUUGCCUAUAUCCUGCUCUGUGGUUACCCGCCCUUCUACGAUGAAAACGAUGCCAAACUCUUUGAACAGAUAUUGAAGGCCGAGUAUGAGUUUGACUCUCCUUACUGGGACGACAUCUCUGACUCUGCCAAAGAUUUCAUACGGCACUUGAUGGAGAAAGACCCGGAGAAGAGGUUCACUUGUGAGCAAGCCUUGCAACACCCAUGGAUUGCAGGAGAUACAGCUCUGGAUAAGAAUAUCCACCAGUCAGUGAGCGAGCAGAUCAAGAAGAAUUUUGCCAAGAGCAAGUGGAAGCAAGCUUUCAAUGCCACGGCUGUGGUUCGGCACAUGAGGAAGCUGCAGCUGGGCACCAGCCAGGAGGGGCAGGGACAGACAGCUAGCCACGGGGAGCUGCUGACACCAACGGCUGGGGGGCCAGCAGCUGGCUGUUGCUGCCGAGACUGCUGUGUGGAGCCAGGCUCGGAGCUGCCCCCUGCACCACCCCCAAGCUCUAGGGCCAUGGACUGAACACCAAGGAAGUCAGGGUUUCUUUCAUGGGAGGGGUUGGGGGCAGCCUGCUUCCUCCUCAGCCCAGAACUGGGGAGUUUCUUACCCCAUCCCUCCUCACCCCUUCCCUCUCACUCCUCACUGCAUUUUCCAUACAAAUGUUUCUAUUUUAUUGUUCCUUCUUGUAAUAAAGGGAAGAUAAAACAA